UCCAUAUUCCCCACCCCCUCUCCCUCUCUCAGCAGGGGGAAAAAUCAUUUUAUUUAAGAUACUGAAUCAGAUAUUGUGGAGUUAGCUUAAUUACAAUCAUGGAUGGUUAUCAGCAGCAAAAAACCAGGGAGGAAGUUGCAGAAAUAAAGCUAGAAGAAGGGUCAGCAGCAUAUAAGCAAUCCCCAGCUUCACCUCCUUCAGCAUCUUCAUCCCCUUCUCAUGAAUUCUCCUUCACAAUCGUAUCUCUCCAUUCUUCCUCCAACACUGUCCCGGGUAAAACCAAAACCCCACCUUCAAUGGCUAUCGAUUUGUCACCAGCUGAUGACAUUUUCUUUCAUGGUCAUUUGCUCCCCCUCCACCUCCUUUCUCACCUCCCGGUGUCUCCACGCUGCUCUACGAAUUCAUUGGAUGGAUGCAACGUUCCCGUUAGAGAUUUAUUGGAUGAACCCAAACCUGAUAAACUCAGCAGCACCGAUUGUAGAAGCAAAAGCGACAGCAAUAUCAGAAACAGCAACAAGAACCAUGGGAAUGCCAAAGUUGGUAACUUUCAUCAAAGCCACGACGUUGAAGCCAAAGGAAGACCCAAGUCCAAGUCUUUCUCCUUACCCCAUUUAACAAAGUGGCACCACCACAAAGGGCGUGGCGUUAGAGAAACAGAAGAAAAAGAGAAGCACAAGACAAAGAUGAGAUUCGACUUGAGACAUGUUUUGAAGAGAUACGUGAGGCUGGUUCGGCCGUUGUUGUUCUUCAGAGGAAGGAGAGAGAACCGCCAUCUCCAUAGGCAAUCUCACUCAUUUUCAGGCAAUUUAAGUUCGAGAAGCAAAGACAAAGACUUGAGAGCAAGGAGAGGAGAUUGCUGUUCAGCGCCGGCUUCGAUGAGGACAUCGCCUACGAACAGUGGUUUUCUUGUUGCAACCACGGGCUACUCUUCUUCAACCAGUGACAGCACCAUGGAAGAGUUGCAGGCUGCAAUUCAAGCUGCGAUUGCCCAUUGCAAGAAAUCCAUUAAAGGGGAAGACAAACUUAACUGCUAGGCCUAUUUUCGAUUUUUUUGUGUGGAUAAUUCUAGUUUCGAUUUUGUUCUUUUCAUAUUUAUCAACUUCAAU